AUGGGUUUCAUUGUGGAAGAGAACGAAAGCGACGGGCUUCUCGUGCCGCCAUUGAAUUUCUCGAUGGUUGAAGACGGCAUUUACCGAUCCGGGUUUCCCGAGCCUGCUAAUUUCAGUUACCUUGAAACCCUAAAUCUUCGAUCCAUCAUAUAUAUGUGCCCUGAGCUAUACCCGGAGGAGAACUUGAAGUUCCUGGAGUCCAAUAACAUUAAGCUUUUCCAAUUCGGAAUCGAGGGCAAAAUGGAUCCGAUGCCAGAGGACACAGUCAUGGAUGCUCUGAAAGUCCUAGUUGAUGUAAGAAAUCAUCCUGUUCUCAUCCAUUGCAAGCGUGGCAAGCACAGGACAGGUUGCCUGGUGGGUUGCCUGAGGAAAGUGCAGAACUGGUGCAUAUCUUCGGUGUUUGAGGAAUAUCAGAAGUUUGCGGGGCUUAAGUCGAGGAAAACCGAUUUGAGGUUCAUCCAGAAUUUCGAUAUAUUGGUUUUGAAGCAGUGUCUCUACAGCAUAAUGUACCGUUACCAUGGUUACGGCCUGAAGAAGAGACGGUUGCUCUAUGACGAGGAAAACGUCCAGAAGGCACAACAAGCCGCCAAAGUUUAGGAAUGGCUGCUGAGCUUCAGAGGAUUAGUUGGGUUUUCGUUUAGAUCUUAUUUUUUCCUUCUUCUUCUUCUUCUUCUUCUUCUUCAUUGGUUGGAAACAUUUAUCAGAUUCUUAUUCUAGCAUUAGCUUAUACUCCCCCAAAUUAUACAGAGGAUUCUUUUGCAGGAUUUAGAAUUUUGUGUUCAUAGAGAUUUCGAUUUUGACCUU